UUCUCAGGAGGGCGCAACUGGAAUGCAGCGAAAGACUUGCAGAGAUACAGACGACAUUACCCGGGUUUGAUAGAAUCAGAAAAUGAGGAGGAAGAAGAGAUGUGGAACUUAAGCUUUUAUAAAAAUGAGAUUUGUUUCUUGCCCCAGGGUUUGCAUAUUGAAGAUCUGCUUGAAUCUUGGUGGGACAACUAUGAAAUUCUGGAAGAAAACCAUUCUUACAUACAGUGGCUGUUCCCUUUACGCGAACGUGGGAUGAACUGGCGUGCCAAACCACUCACCUGUCAAGAAAUCCAGGCCUUUAAGAAGUCCAAGGAAGUUAUGCAAAGGUUUAUACGUGCUUAUCAGCUCAUGCUGAGAUUUUAUGGGAUCAUUCUGAUCAACGAGGAGACUGGGGAGCUGAAGAGAGCAGAGAACUGGGCUGAGCGAUUUCAGAACUUGAACUGGUACAGUCACAACAAUUUGCGGAUUACACGCAUCCUGAAGUGCCUGGGGGAGAUGGGAUAUGAACACUAUCAAGUGCACUUGGUCAAGUUUUUCCUAACGGAAACUCUGGUGAAGGAGACGUUACCAAAUGUCAAGAGAAGUGCCUUGGAUUACUUCCUGUUCACCAUCAGAAGCAAACAGAAGAGAAGAGAACUGGUCCACUAUGCUUGGCAACACUUCAAACCUCGAGGCGGCUUCGUAUGGGGACCACAGGACAAACUCUUGAAGUACAAACCCUGCUCUGCCACGUCGCAGCUGCACCAAAAGGCUGAAGAUAAAGAGGAAACUCCUGGUACAAAAUGUGAUGGUUCUGUGGAAAAGGAGCAGAACCAGUCUGUAGAGGAGGAAGAGAAAGGUGGAGGUGCUGCAGACCUCCAGCCUAAAGUGAAUGAUGAAAAUGUAAAAGAGAAGUUAAGUGACGGCGUUUCGAAGGGAGGGGACGGGGAUGAGGAGAAAGAGGUUUCAUCUACCCAUCAGGAGAAGGAUGUAAACAGUGAGACUGAAGAAGCGCAGGGUACGGCAGAGAAUGAUUGCACAAAGGAGAGCAAGAAGAGAAAACUGGAUGCAAAUAUGGCAGAUGCUAAGAAGAGUGGACCAUUGAAAAGCCCUACUGAUAUUGAAAACAUUUCCCGUAAUCUGGGAGAAUGUGCAAUUGAUGCAGAAAUCCCCUCGUCGGUUCCGCUCUUAAAACCAGAAGAGGACCAGGAAACAUCAAAAGAAGACGAUGCAAGCACCAAAGACUCAGCAGUGCCAGAGACUGCUGAUGCAGCUGUAAAACGGAGGAAAGUUGAUAAAAGAACAUCGAGAAGCAAAACAUACAACUUGGCCAUAAACCUGAACAUGGGGCACUCUGCCUCUAGCGCUAAGGUAAAUUCAUCCGCUGCAAACACUGAGGCUGAAAAUGUCAGUGAGAAAAACGCAGCUGUGGAAAUGCCAAGUGAGAAGGGUGGUGGGGAUGUGAACGGUGGGGCUGUGAGACCCCCGGGUGGUUCCAGGCUCCCUGAGACUCGCUGGACUUCUCCAGUAAGUGAUGGCUUGGAGUCAAGUGGAGAUCAAGUGACAGCCAAGAGGGAUCAGCACCACUGCAACAGCAUGCCUCUGGGAGGUGAAAGGGAGGUAGAGGGGGUAGAACAGCGUAAAAAGGCAGAAAAUGCAAGUGAGGAAGGGCAAGCAGAAGUCCCAGGCAAGAAGGAAGUUCCAGAGAGUCUUGAGCAGAGCACGGCAUCCACUCGUCCUGAAGAAGACAGCGCUGAGGUUGCAACACCAAAACCUGAAAGCUCGGAGCCGGCAGCAGAACCUGGUGACAUGCAGGUAGCAGCAGAGUGA